AUGCCGCCGCCUCAUUACGACUUUCUUAUCAAGCUUUUGCUCAUUGGCGACUCUGGUGUCGGCAAAUCCUGUCUCUUGCUGCGCUUCUGUGACGACGCAUGGACGCCUUCAUUCAUCACAACCAUUGGAAUCGACUUCAAGAUCCGCACAAUCGAACUCGACGGCAAACGUAUCAAGCUCCAGAUCUGGGAUACAGCCGGACAAGAACGGUUUAGAACUAUCACCACCGCUUACUACCGCGGUGCGAUGGGUAUCUUGCUCGUCUAUGACGUGACGGACGAACGCUCCUUUAACAACAUCCGAACAUGGCACGCCAACAUUGAACAGCAUGCCUCGGAGGGUGUGAACAAGAUUCUUAUCGGCAACAAGUCAGACUGGACAGACAAGCGCGCUGUAACGGAGGAACAAGGCCGCGAACUCGCCAAUGAGCUCGGUAUCAAGUUCAUGGAGACGUCUGCAAAGGUUAACGAAGGUGUCGAGGAGGCGUUCUUUACCCUUGCACGAGACAUCAAGACCCGCUUGAUCGAUUCGCAGGCCGAUGCCGCUGGUACCCCUGGUGGGCCCGCAACCGACUCUGUAAAGGUCAACCAACCCACUGCGCAGUCGCAGCAGGGAUGCUGUUCAUAAAGAACUCGCUAUCCUCGUGUUAAGAGUUCAAACUACGCAUGACCAGGUCAUCCUACAGGACGACGACGAUAUCUUGUAUGUACCCCCAUCCCAUUCAUCGCCGAUGACAUACCGCAUAAUACGUGUUGUAUCUUCCCGAGAGCCCUUCCCUAGUGCUGGUUCAUUCCAUAUAUCCUAUAAUUAUUAUUCCUG